CCUCUCACCAGACUCAAGAACUUCAGGAGGCCCUUGACGGAGGUGCAGAACUCUUUGCUGCUGUCCCGCAUCCUCGCCCACGCCGGCCCGAGGCGACCCGCGGGCUGUUGGUCGGUGGCGGGGGUCGCCGAGCUCGCCGUUUUCGAGCCGCCUCUGAAGAAACUUUUCCAGUUCCAUCGCCUCGUGGCCGAGGUGCCCGGUCGGGGCGAGGGCGGGUUGGAUCGGGACUUCAUGGAGCCGGCAGACAAACAUCAGGGAGAUGAAAGGAAGAGGAAAACCGUUAUCUGCAUCGAAGGCAAUAUUGCAAGCGGGAAAACGACGUGCCUGGACUACUUCUCUGGAACAACUGACAUUGAGGUUUUGACCGAGCCAGUGUCCAAGUGGAGGAACGUCCGGGGCCACAACCCCCUGAGUUUGAUGUAUCAAGAUGCAUCCCGGUGGGGGAUGACACUGCAGACCUAUGUGCAGCUGACUAUGUUGGAGCAGCACACUCGCCCACAGAUAUCUCCUAUCCGAAUGAUGGAAAGAUCAAUCCACAGCGCAAAAUACAUUUUUGUAGAGAACCUAUACCGGAGUGGAAAGAUGCCAGAGGUAGAUUACGUGGUGCUAACGGAAUGGUUUGACUGGAUUAUGAAGAACAUCGCCGUCCCGGUUGAUUUGAUAGUUUAUCUCCAGACCUCUCCCGAAACUUGUUACAAGAGACUGAAAAUGAGAUGCCGAGAGGAGGAGAAGGUCAUUCCGAUGGAAUAUCUGGAAGCGAUCCAUCACCUCUACGAGGAGUGGCUCAUUAAGCAAAGCCUCUUUAAAGUGUCCUCUCCUGUUCUUGUGAUGGAGGCAAACCACGACAUGCCAGAAAUGUUAGAGCAAUUUGAACAGAACUGGGACCGAAUACUAGCCCCCAAGACCACGUAGCACGGUUCAUAGGGCUGGAGAAACCUGUCUGUCUGAGCAGCCCAGGGAGACGUCUGUCCGGGUGACUGUCGGUUUGGCCGAGGGAUGGAGUUUGGCUCCAUUAUCUCAUGAGUGAUUUUCCUGUCAAGUUCUGGUUUAUUUGUAAGUUGGCAGUGACUUCACCCCACUUUUUUUGUCCAAACACCAGAGGUGUGGUCCCCACCCCCAAAGCCAAUGGGCCCUCCCAAAUCUCUCCUAACAUCUUGACCAGGCCCAGGAACACACAGUGGGCCCCAGACUACUUGGGCAGUGGCCAGAUAGGUCUGGUAAAACCAGUCAUGUUGCCAGGUCACCAUCGGGUGGCUGCUCUGUGCCACAAACUGCCCGCACCAAUCUCUGAUCUCCGGUUGAAUGAACGCUUGGAGAGGGAGUGCACGGAGGGGAACCCGAGAGUUCUGUCUGUGGCAGGUGCCGCUGUCAGAAGGUGCCUGGUGGAGGCUACUACACCCUGCUUCCCUACUGCCAUCAAGGGACACCCUCUUGGUAGCUCACUCUCUGCCAAUGGCCCAGUCUUUCUGAGGUCUGAAGAAACCAGUCAAUGGGCGAGGGCCCCAUCUGUUAUUUCAAGAAUACUCUUGAAGUGUUUUGGGGAAACACCAGGGUUCCAGAUUUGUCGCCAAGUUGGCUCAUCCCCAGGCUUUAACUGAAUUGUUAGCAUGAGGCUCAUCCAAGAAUUAUGCUCACAGUUUUUCUGUAAUUGCAAAGUCUUUAGAUCACUUCAUUUUCCACAUCGCACUCGUUCUUUCCAUCUCUUUCGAUCUCAGCGGUAAAUGUCGAGGCAGGCAGUCUGUGACUCUACUGCCCAUCCCUCAAGGGCACUACAGCUUCAAAAUGCUCUCACGCCUGAUUGCUGGGUUUCAAUUCAAAGGGGCUCAUUUGGCUCUGUGAAUGAGGUCCCACAAUAUUCAUUAGCGCAGUACUCAUAACCCUUAGGUGAUCUCUUUUUUUAACAGUUUUUAAGUACAGAUGUCAUUGACAUAAGUGGAGCGCUUUGUCAUAAUGGUUAAGCAAGCCCUUUCAGAUGAGGUCAUCUGUACCAAUUCGCCUACUUUUAGCAUUUCAAGCGGGAAGCAAGCAGCAUCAGCCAAGCCAGGUACCAAGGUGGAGUACAAUCUUUCCAGGGAGUGACGUCUAGGGUUUUCCAGUUCAGAUCUGGAGCCACCAUGUCAGGGUUUCAUGGGUUUGGGUAUCCUCGUGUGUCCCUUUGCUGUUCAGAUUAAAACUGUCACUCUGGCAACUA